AUGCAUAGUCGUUACGCUCUUUUAUUCCCUGCCUUGGCCUCUCUGGCCUCGGCCUGGGCUCCUCCCUCAUACUCAGGGUAUAAUUUGUUGUGGGCCGACACCUUUGACGGCCCAGGAGGGGCAUCACCCAACACCAACAACUGGAACAUCAUCACCGGCAACCUAGGCGUUAAUGGCGAGCUGGAGACAUACUCUAGCUCCAACCGCAACGUUCAGCUGAGCGGUGGCAGCACAAUUCAGCUGGUGCCCUGGGCCGAUGGCUCUGCCUCUGGUGGCUGGACUUCAGGCCGCAUCGAGAGCAAAUACACCUUCACCCCAGCCGCCGGUGUAGUCACCCUAGCCGAAGCCCAGAUCAGAUUCGGCACAAACGAUAUUUCGAACAAGCAGGGCAUCUGGCCCGCGUUCUGGAUGCUUGGCGACUCUUUGAGGCACGGAACCUCGUGGCCGGCAUGCGGAGAACUCGACGUCCUCGAGACCGUGGACGGGCAGUUGACUGGCUACGGCACUGUGCAUUGCAAUGUCUACCCCGGUGGCAUUUGUAAUGAGCCCAAUGGACGCAGCGGUAAUAUCGGCAUCCCAGAUCAGUCGUGGCAUACCUGGCGAAUCACCUGGGACCGUACGUCAUGGAACUGGCAGACUGAGACGAUUACUUGGUACAUGGAUGGCAGGCAGUUUUUCCAGAUCAAUGGCGCCACGAUUGGUAAUUCGGAUGUUUGGGCUACGUUGUGUCACAAUCCCUUGUACUUUAUCCUGAAUGUGGCUGUUGGCGGUGGCUGGCCAGGUUAUCCAAACUCAGCCACCCUCGGAGGCUAUGGCAGCAUGAUGGAAGUCGCUUACGUCGCCGUCUUCCAGACUUGA